CUCGGAUAAGGGUUAGUUUAACUGUCACCAGCUGCAGUGACCAGAUUAGUUCCAAGCCGGAGAGCGGCACUGACGCAUCUCACUCUCUGUCAUAACAUCAUCCUUGUCCCUCCGCAGCAAUUACAUCAAUCCAUCCAUGCACCAUUUAUUGAUACGUACGAAGACCACUGUUCACUGUGUUCAUUGUGUUCACUUUUUACACAUUUAAGACCUCGUCCCCUCUCACGAUACCUGCAUCCACACACUUCAAAAACAAUACAAACGUGGUUGUCCACCUACUGGUUACUCACCAAGAACAUCCCGAACCAUUCCACGCCAACAUAACUUACCUUUGUUCACCAAACCCGUCGGCAUCAUCCAUCCACGACUUCAAGAUGUCGUCAACAGAAGCCACCCCAGACCUCUCACGGUCGUCCUCCAGUUCAUCCACAAGAGAGAGGAACAAACGGCAACUCUCUCUUGACCUCUCGGACCUCCCUCAACUGUCCCAGCCUUCACAACCGACUAACACCCUCAUCAUCACAAACCUCAACGACCCGUCAAUAUUCUCCCCCGACUCCCUCGGCGUCAUCCACGCCAUGAUCUCCCAAUGGCACCCCAUCCACACCUUUAGCCCCCUCAAAUCCUUCCGCCGCCUCCUCGUCUCCUUCCGCGACCCCGCUGCCUCCGCCGCCGUCCGCGCCGCGCUCGACGGCGGCGUCCUCCUCGGCUCCCCUAUCCGCGUCUACUUCGGCACCCACACCCCCGUCGACGUCGACCCUGCCACCCUGCACCUGCGCGCCCCCAAAGCCGACCGGCUGUUCUUCAUCUCCCCACCCCCCUCGCCCCCUGCUGGCUGGGCGAUGAAGAACGAGGAUCCGCCGAAUAAGGAGGUACAUGCACAUGAUCUGUCGGUCGCGUUGGAAAGGCUGCAUGAUGCGACGACGGAUCGGUACGCGGAGUUAGAGUCGUCGCCGGUGCAGGAGGACGAGAAGUCGCCAGUGACGAAUGCGAAGAACGGGGAGGGCAGGUCGCGGGGCUCGACCGUCGUGUAUCGCCCGGAGGACCAUGGGAACAGCCCGAAUCUGCCGGCGAUCGAGGUCGAGGAUACGGGGAUUGGGGAGGUGAAGAGCCCGGAGGGGCUGAGUCCGAUUGGGAGCGGGUUCCCGAAGGAGAUCGACGAGGUGGAUCGGAAAUAUAUCUUGCACACGUCAAGACCGCCGGUGGAGUUGGGGGAGGAGUAGGGGAUAUGGGUUUCGGCGGUCCAGUGGUGCUGGAUAGCGGUUAGGCGUUCGGUGUGGCUUUGAAUGAUGCAGGGUAGCAUCCGAUCCUAAAUAUUCCUCAUGGCUCGCGCGCUUUCACUCGCGAGUUUGGCGCCAUGGAGGCGAGCCAAACGCAUGGAUUAUCAUAGUCCUACUUGUAACUAUUAUCACUCCUAUUAUUCAUCAAGAACAUUCAGAUUUGAAUCCUCGCGACACCAUCCUGAUGACUUGAUUGCUAUAUUAAUUCCCUGAUAUAUAUAGUUUGGGGCUGCUGCACUGUGUUUAUAUAAAAUAUUUCUGCUCCCGGGGUCUGAACAGAAAGCCCCA